GACCAUGACGAUCCCAUAACGCACGCUGCCCUGGCCGUCGUGGGCUUCCCUUGAGAACCCAGCAUGAUCGCAGAUAAAUGGAGAGCCGGCCGUCUGAGUAGCACCUUUCACCUUAACAUCUAAUAUAAGAAGCCCUGACUCUCAGUUUGAAGCUGCCAGGACAAAGUACGCAUUUCAGUAAUUAAUACUGAGGUUUUCCCUAUACACCUGAACUUGAUAGCUCUAUCACUUUCAUCAAUCAAUUUUAUAUCCUCUUGUUAAUCCAGCACUAUGGCCAUUACUGAUGACGCACUAAGCGCCGAGGUCGACCAGGUCUAUAACGACCUCAAAGACCAACCCCAGCAUACGCCCUCCCAAAUCGCUACGGUUAAACGCAUCAUCAAAUUACACCUCGUCGCAUUCAAGUAUUAUGACUUCGCCCGAACCAGGCACCUUGUUGACAAGAAUUACAAGCAGCAUAGCGCCUUUGUUGGCGACGGACAAGAGUCCAUCAUUGAUAUGGCAAAGACGAUGAGAGAGUGGGCCGCGAAGAACUGGGCACGGUCUGAUGAACCUCAUAUUCGGAUGAAUAUCAAAAGAAUACUCGUUGAUGACCCAUAUGUAACUGUGCAUCAUCACUCUCGGAGAUGGGAGGGAGAUAUUGGGAAUAAUGUCAUCGAUAUCUACCGAGUGAAGGAUGGCAAAGUUGCGGAGCAUUGGGAGAGCGUGAUGGAUGUUGUUCCGGAGUCUGAGCUGAAGCAUGGCAACGGGCAAUUCUAAACUGCAAGAUUGUGUUUUAAGAGCCUAGUAUAUCAAUCGCAAGCC